UCCUCUUGCACAGAGUGCUGCGUCAAAUGCUCAAAACAUACUUUAUGAUUCUGAUGAAUCCGAUAUUGAUAAAAUUCUUCAAAUCCUAAGGCACCAAUAUAUUCAAGAAAAAGAAAAAUUGAAGAAUUUGCGUUUACAACUCCAGUUAUUUCUACAAAGUCCCGAACUUUCUGAAGACCUCAAGAGAAUUGCUAUAUUGAAGGCGGAAGAACAAAAUUUGGAUCAAGAAAUUGAACAAGAAACGCUAGAUCAACAUACCGUAAAAAUCAAAUCACAGCUUUUCCGCGAUCUCUGGGUAAGAAAGCAUAUUUCUGAUAUAGUUGAGCAAUGUAGAAAUUUUUUACCAAAACUACGACAAGAAAUACAAAACACAAAGGAUUACAUAAUAAGGGAAAAAGAAACAUUAAAAGAAUCUAAUAUUAUUCAUGAAGUUUUAUCGGAAAGAAUUGAGCAACAGUCUGACGAACAUCUGUCACGUGAAUCGGAAUAUUGCAUUUUAAAAAAAGAGCUUAAUGAUGUUAAACAUAGUCACAAUAUAUUGAUAAAAGAAUUGAUUAAAUUCGUUGAUACACAUUUUCCUCCACAUAAGCUUGUGAGAAAAGACGAUUUGAUGAAUCAGUCGUUUAUUCAUCCAAGUGAUCCUUAUUUGUAUAUAGAUACAAAUAAGGUAUGGACUCCAUAUGUCGAAACUUUAAUUCGCGCAGGAAUUGCAAGAAGGCAUCCUCUAAAUACAAAUAAGAUUGCAUUGAUAGAAUUUCAUUUAUA